UAGGAUCCUCAUUCAUGAGUUGCCUUCCCUUUUCAUGCAAGCCAAAAAUGAGUCCCAACCAUUCAAUUGUGUUAUAGUGGGGACAGAGUAAAAUCCAAGGCAGUUCAAUAAUUGUAUAUUAGAAAUAUAUACUUAUUAUAUUUGUCAACAAUAGUUCGUUAGAACUUAGAUAUAUAGCUUCAACAUGACUAGAAGAAGACCAAAUAGGUACGUAAUAUAUGUUCGAUAUCUAGUUGCCUAUAGGUACAACUAUAAAAGGAAGACAAUAGUGCAAAUAUCUUAAUCAAGCAAAAGCAACAAUAUGAAGAAAUAUUGUAUUCCUACUAGUCAAAGUUUGUUAACAUUCUUGUUUUUCCUUUUUGCUUUUGUGGUGUGUUUGAGAGGUGAUGAAAAUGUAGAUGGAAGUAGCAAUGUUGUUCAAGGUCCAACAAAUGCCAACAAUUCCUACAAUAUUACUAGUGAUGUUAUCGAUAAAAAGGAUACGGAUAAGGGAGGCGGAGGAGGAGGAGGUCGUGGUGGUGGUGGACGUUGGUGGGGUGGUGGAGGUGGAGGCGGGGGUGGAAACGAUGGUGGAGGUGGGUGGUGGGCAUGGGGAUGUAGGAAACAAAAAGAGCAUAAUAAUCAUCAUAAACACUUGCAUGUGAACAAUAAUCAAGAUUACAAAAUAGGUGAAUUUGCACAAUGCAUGGUUAAAAAUAGAUGCAAAGGGAUGCGUUUGGAUUGUCCUCUUCAUUGUGGAGGACCUUGUUAUUAUGAUUGUAGACAUAUGUGUAAAGCUCAUUGUCGUCGUGCCUAAAGGUCUUUCUCGUCCUCGUGAGUUCACUUGAAUGAAUCUAUAAGUCAUCAAGAAUAAUAUAUGUAGCAGGAAGUAUAGUGCAGCAAUCACCUAUUUAUGGUUCUUGCUUCAGAGUCAGAACAAACACGCCUGUUAUCUACUGUACUAUGUUUUUUUUCUAGUGUGUGGUAUUAAUUUUGCUAGAAAUUAAGUGAAUAGAGAAUUGGUAGACUCAUUGAGAUUGGGUUGUAAAUUAGUACUAGCAAGUAUUGUGUUUUACAAUAUGCUUUUUUUAGCUCUCUAAUUUUGAUGGCUAAAUGUUUUCUUUUAUUUUUUAUUGAUUUUUGUAUUUGCAUAAAGGUUGAAUUGACUUCUACCUUUUCAAGCAAAUGAAUUAUGUCAUAUUUAAAGAUUA